CCAGCUGCCGCCGCCGCCGCCGCCGCUUCCUGGGCUGAGUCCGCCCGCGGUCCCGGCGGCUCCAGGUGUGUUCACGCUGUCCUGCCCCUGCCGGAGUCCGCCGCCGCCGUAGCUGCCCCGGGCUCUUUCCCGCCCCGCUGCCGAGAUGGCGACGCGCUCCUGCCGGGAGAAGGCUCAGAAGCUGAACGAGCAGCACCAGCUCAUCCUGUCCAAGCUGCUGAGGGAGGAGGACAACAAGUACUGCGCCGACUGCGAGGCCAAAGGUCCUCGAUGGGCUUCCUGGAAUAUUGGUGUAUUUAUUUGCAUCAGAUGUGCUGGAAUCCAUAGGAAUCUUGGGGUUCAUAUAUCCAGGGUCAAGUCAGUCAACCUAGACCAAUGGACACCAGAACAGAUACAGUGCAUGCAAGAUAUGGGAAAUACUAAAGCAAGACUACUCUAUGAAGCCAAUCUUCCAGAGAACUUUCGAAGACCACAGACAGAUCAAGCAGUGGAGUUUUUCAUCAGAGAUAAAUAUGAAAAGAAGAAAUACUACGAUAAAAAUGCAAUAGCUAUUACAAAUAUUUCUUCCUCUGAUGCUCCUCUUCAGCCUUUGGUAUCCUCUCCUUCUCUACAAGCUGCUGUUGAGAAAAACAAACUGGAGAAAGAAAAGGAAAAAAAAAAGGAAGAGAAAAAGAAAGAAAAGGAGCCAGAAAAGCCCACAAAACCUCUUACAACUGAAAAGCUGCAGAAGAAAGAAGAUCAGCAGUUGGAGCCCAAAAAAAGUACCAGCCCUAAAAAAGCUGCAGAACCCACUGUUGAUCUUUUAGGACUAGAUGGCCCUGCUGAGGCACCAGUGACCAAUGGGAAUGCAACCACAGUGCCAUCCCUGAAUGAUGAUCUAGACAUCUUUGGACCAAUGAUUUCUAAUCCCUUACCUGCAACUGUCGUACCCCCAGCUCAGGGGACGCCCUCUAUCCCUGCAGCUGCCACUCUGUCUACAGUAAUAUCUGGGGAUCUGGAUCUAUUCACUGAGCAAACUACAAAGUCAGAAGAGGUGGCAAAGAAACAACUCUCCAAAGACUCCAUCUUAUCUUUGUAUGGUACAGGAACCAUUCAGCAACAGAGUACUCCUGGUGUGUUUAUGGGACCCACAAAUAUACCAUUUACCUCACAAGCACCGACUGCAUUUCAAGGUUUUCCAUCAAUGGGCGUGCCUGUGCCUACACCUGCAGCUCCUGGCCUUCUUGGAAAUGUGAUGGGACAGAGUGCAAGCAUGAUGGUGGGCAUGCCCAUGCCCAAUGGGUUUAUGGGAAACGCACAAACCAGUGUGAUGCCACUUCCUCCAAAUGUGGUUGGCCCCCAAGGAGGAAUGGUGGGACAGAUGGGUGCACCCCAGAGUAAGUUUGGCCUGCCGCAAGCUCAACAGCCCCAAUGGAACCUCUCACAGAUGAAUCAGCAAAUGGCUGGCAUGAGUAUCAGUAGUACGACCCCAACAGUGGGUUUCGGCCAGCCCCCCAACACAACAGCAGGAUGGUCUGGAAGCUCAUCGGGUCAGACUCUCAGCACACAGCUGUGGAAAUGAAAACUGCAAUGCAAGUUUCAUCCAGAACUACCACCUGACAUUCCUUGCUAAAACGCAUCUAGUUCCCCUGUUUAUUCAUGUACAUAUAUUUUUUUCUUUUUCCCCAUUUGUUCAUAUUAAGAAUUAUCUGACUGACCGUGUUGGUCUGUACUGAUUAAAUUUGAUGUGAAAAGCAGGUUGAGAAACCAUUUUAUGUCAAGGGCAGCUUAGCUCCUUUCCCAUGAUUUCAUAGACCACAUUAUUUGAGAAGCUGCUCAGUCAACUUGCAUAAUCAGUUUUACUCAAUAAAAUUAUAGCUCUAAUGUCUGCAUAUAAGGGAAGUAGUUAUCAUGUUAGUAAUACCUCUAACAGUAUAAACCCCACCCCCAAAUUAGCCAGUAAUCCUGUAGGAAGGUACUGUAUGAUCGAACAUUUAAUCAUAUAAAUAGAAUGUAAAUGUAUCACUGAGCACUGUUUUCUAGUGUAUCAAAAUUCUUUUAUUUCAUCAUUCAUUUCACUGUGCUGUUGUUAUGAUGUGCUUAACAGGGAACGUGGUUAGUGAAAGGAAGAUAAACCUGGAUGUUACUACAAAACUUAGUUUAACAAAUGUUUAAAGAACUCAAAUUUUAUCUGCCUCUCUUGUAAUUUGGAGCUCUUCUUAUGUACAUAGUGCUAAUGACACGAAGACCUUUCUCUGCACUAUAUGCAAACAGGGUAACUAAACAAAGCCACUUUCAAUCCUUGAAGGUAUAUCCAGGUUUAUGACAGUAAUUGUGUUUACAUCUUAUGGUGCCUAGUAUUGACAAAAUGUUAUAUCCCUAUAUUAAACAGAUGAAUCCAUA